AUGCCAACUCUAACGAUUGAUUCUCUAAGAGAAUUCUGGUAUAAAUGGCGUUCAUCACGCGCUCUUAUUCUUUUUAUAGUCUUCGUUGCUCUUUUUCUUGAUAAUAUGCUUUUAACUACUGUCGUACCUAUCAUUCCCGAUUAUCUCUACCAUUUGGAUAACCCCAAAGCUACAUUCGAGGAUACCUACAAGUUUUUGGCGAAAAACUGUUCGAGACCAGAAAUUUUUCGCCAUCGGAAUUAUCUCAAUCAACAUACGGAUCAGCUUCAAGAUAUUCUUCGUUCUUAUUGUAACUGGACGGUUGCUUGGGCUAUGAAUCGGACAGAAAUUGAAAAUGAUCAGCGGACAACUGUUUUAGAAAACGAAAAUCGAUGGGUGGGUCUUAUGUUUGCGUCAAAAGCUUUCGUUCAGUUAAUGACAAAUCCAUUCAUUGGACCAUUAACAAAUCGAAUUGGUUAUACUAUUCCGAUGUUUUCCGGAUUUGUUAUUAUGUUUAUAUCAACAAUGACUUUCGUAUUCAGUAAAAGUUUCGGUCUGUUAUUCUUUGCUCGCGCGAUACAAGGCAUUGGUUCUGCUUGCUCGAGUGUAUCAGGUCUUGGAAUGUUAGCUGAUCGAUAUCCCAAUGAUGAAGAACGUGGUAAAGCAAUGGGUACGGCUUUAGGUGGACUGGCACUUGGUGUAUUAGUUGGUCCACCAUUUGGAGGUUUUAUGUAUCAGUAUGUAGGCAAGGCAUCUCCAUUCUUAGUCUUAGCAGCAUUAGGAUUAUUUGAUGGACUAUUACAAUUAUCAGUAUUACAACCUGGUGUAGCUGGUGAACCAGUAGAAGGUGCCUCUUUGAAAACAUUGAUCAAAGAUCCAUAUAUACUUGUUGCUGCCGGUGCAAUAUCCUUCGGUAAUGUUGGCAUAGCAAUGAUGGAACCUUCAUUACCUAUUUGGAUGAUGACAACAAUGCGAGCGAGUGAAUUCCAGCAAGGAGCAGCAUUUUUGCCCGCUUCGAUCUCCUAUCUAAUUGGCACAAAUCUAUUUGGUCCAAUGGCACAUAAAAUGGGAAGGUGGCUAUGCUGCAUGAUUGGCAUGAUCCUUGUAUCAGUUGCUUUAAUUUGUGUACCGAUGGCAACAAGCAUAUAUGGGUUAAUUAUUCCCAAUGGUAUUCUUGGUUUUGCUAUUGGAAUGGUGGAUUCAUCAAUGAUGCCAACAAUGGGUUAUUUAGUUGAUAUUCGUCAUGCAUCGGUUUAUGGAAGCGUUUAUGCUAUUGCCGAUGUUGCAUUCUGUCUCGGUUUUGCCAUAGGUCCUGCGAUGAGUGGUUUUAUUGUGCACGCAUUCGGCUUUAGCGGUAUGCUCCAUAUCAUUGCAUUUAUUUGUCUUUGCUAUGCACCGUUGAUGUUUUUUCUGCGAAAUCCACCGGCAAAAGACGAGAAUUCAUUGAUUAUGAAUGAAAAUCAUAGUUCAUUUUCAUACACGCGUAGCAAGUCAUUGGACAAUGAUAGUGGCUAUUAA